CGCAGAGAGGCCCGCGGAGGAAGUGGGCCCAGCGAGCGAACAGUCAUCAGGAAGAAUGCUGAGUGCUCCGGUGUGCGUUGGACUGAGCUCAAUCAUGUGUGCGGAUAUCAUUUUCUUGUCUCUUCUCUUCUGAACAUCAGUGUUGGUUGUUCAUUCUUUUACCAGUGACUUCUGGUGACCUGGCAAAUAACGUCACACACUGUGAAGAUACUUCCAAGGAUACAGCAGUGAUUUAGUGAAAGCAACAGAUUUCUUUUGUAUUCAUCUGGGUGACCCUGGAUAGGAGUGAUGCCUCCAGGCAGGUGGAAUGCUGCCCGUACAGCUCAGGUGUCAAGGGAACAAGGCUGCCUUCGUAUAGUAAAGAAGGAAGAGGAGGAGGAUGGCUAUAUUUCAAUGCAGACUGCCAGGCCACAGACACUUAACCGCCCUGGCCAGGAGCUAUUCCGUCAGCUCUUUAGACAGCUUCGCUACCAUGAAUCUUCUGGGCCUCUAGAAACUCUGAGCCGGCUCCAGGAGCUCUGCCGCUGGUGGAUGAGGCCUGAUGUUCUUUCAAAAGCACAGAUGUUAGAGUUGUUGGUGUUGGAGCAAUUCCUGAGCAUCUUGCCUGGAGAGCUCCGGACAUGGGUCCAACUCCAUUGCCCUGAGAGUGGCGCAGAGGUUGUGGCCCUGCUGGAAGAGCUGCAGAAGGAUCUUGAUGGAACACCACAGAAGGAUCCAUGCCUUACUCAGAAUCCAGAUGUGCAUUGGAUAGGUACUGGUGCUCUGCAGCCUGCACAGAUAUGGUCCCCUGCAUCACAUCUCAGGAACAGUUCUGCUCUAGAGGACCACUUGGAGACUCCAUAUGGAAUAGGAAUUUGUGACUCCCUGGCUGAACAAACUGAUUCUCGUGCUGUCUCGGUGCCUGACUAUUUCCAGUUAGAAAAGGACAUAGAAUACCAGGUAACAGCCAGCAAGCCUUUGGUAAUCAGGCUGCAGGAAGCUCUGACUUUCCAGGAUGUGGAGGUGACCUUCUCUCAGGAAGAGUGGGGAUGUUUGAACUCAGCUCAGCGCAAUCUUUAUCGGGAUGUUAUCCUGGAGAAUUAUGGGAAUGUAGUUUCUGUGGUGGGCUCCUCUCCCAAACCUGCUCUGAUCUCCUGGCUAGAAGCAAGGAAGCCAUGGGGCAUGAAUAUCUGCACAGUUCAGUUUAAGAGAGAUCCUGAUGCUGUGCCUGAAGGAGGUAAGCUUCAAAUUAAGCCAAGCAAGUUCAUCUUGAAACAGAAAUCUUCAGAAUACAUAGAAACCUGUGUAAAUACAUCAGUAAGUCCUGAGACAAGUGUUUUUGAGGAAACAGGGCUCAAAGAGUCUUUUAAACAGAAGAGUAGGUUACAGACGUCCUGUGGAGACUCCAUACAAAUGAAAGAGAUGAAGGAAGGAGCCAACAUUAGUCAAAGGACAGGAAGAGAAUCUGAAGUAUUGAGAAACAAUGAUAUUCUCGAGUUAAAACAUGUUAAAUAUGUGAGUGUUUCUAGAAAAAGGCUAUCCUUUAAACAUGGCUAUGACAGAAACUUCAGAAAAAGUUCACACCAUUAUAAUAAUAAAUAUGGGGAAGGGCUCAGAGGCACAGUUGAGGGGUUUGGUGUGUAUCAGAAUACUGGGCUGAAAAAGAAUGGAAAGGACAGAUGUGGGGAGACCUCAAGGAGGACCUCUCCUUCCCAUCCUGAGUAUCAUCAGAGAUGUUACAGUCAAGGGGCCCUGUUUCAAUGUAGGGUGUGUGCGAAAGCUUUCAAGUGGCGUUCAAACUGUAUACGGCACGAGAAAAUUCACACCGGAGUGAAACCUUACCAAUGCAGCUUAUGUGAGAAAGCUUUCCAACGUUUGUCAGCCUACCGUCUGCACCAGAAAACCCAUAGUAAACAGAAACGUGGAUCCAGUAAGUACAAAAAUGCUCUCACCUGCAGCUUGGAUGUCAGUCAUCAUUUGACAGACCAGGAUGAGGAGAAACACUUACACUGUAACCAGUGUGGGAAAAACUUCUCCUGUAAGUCCUAUGCUCUUGAACACCAAAAGAUUCACACACGGGAGAAACCUUUUAAAUGUACCAGAUGUAGGAAAACCUUUCGGUGGAAGUCAAACUUUUCUCGUCAUAUGAAAUUACAUCACAGAGAGGUGCGUAAACAAGAGAAACGUCAAGAAGACUUCAAGCAGAGUCAUAGUCAGUCUCAGUUUAUCUCUACUGUAGAGAAAACUUUUCCAUGUCAGAAUUGUGGGAAAACUUUUACUCAAAAGAAAUCACUCAUUGAGCACCAGAGGAUUCAUACAGGGGAAAAACCAUACCAGUGUAGUGGGUGUGGAGAAACAUUUACCUAUAGGUCAUCUUAUAUUAUUCAUAUGAAGCGAAAGCAGCAUGCUAUUAAAAUAAAACCUGAACAUGGCUGCCUAACUUUUAGUCAGGGUGCAGUGUUUCCCAUUCCUCGGGGUAGUCAUAAUACAGAGGAGCCUAAUAAGUGUAAAUACUGUGGCAAAGCCUUUCAUAAUCACUCAUUUCUUCUCAUUCACGAGAGAGUUCACACUAGAGAGAAGCCCUAUCAGUGCAGGGAGUGUGAAAAAGCCUUCCGAUGGAGUUCCAAUCUCUACCGACAUCAGAGAAAACACCUUUUGCACAAGCAGUAUAAGUAUCGUGAAAGAAAAGAGACUUCAAAUCUACAGUCAAAAAUCCUCAUUGAUCAGAAGCCCUUUUGGUGUCAAGAAUGUGGGAAAACCUUUACACGUAAAAGAAGCCUUUUAGAUCAUAAGGGAAUACACAGUGGAGAGAGACGCUUUAAAUGCAACUUAUGUGAAAAGUCUUUUGAUAGAAACUAUCGACUUGUUAAUCACCAGAGGAUCCACACUACAGAGCAACCUUUUCAAUCUCAGUGGCGUGGUGAAGAUUUUGUUGGGAUACAUGUCCGUUCUGUUGGCCAGAGAAAACACAGCAGCACACUGCAGUCUGAGUAUGGCCUACAUUCAGAUAAGCCUGGCUUAUCUUACUGUCAGGAUGUAAGGUUAAAUAUUCAGGAAUUAGAACUAAGUCGAAAGCUCCAUAAAGAGUGUGAUAACCCUUCUGAUGAGAGUUCCGAGUCAAUUGCAUUCCAGAAUGUGCCCACUAAGAAGAAAGCCUGCCACAAAUGCAGCACUUGUGGGAAAAUAUUUAAGAAGCAUUCACAUCUCAUUAGCCACAGCAGAUGUCACACACAAGAGAGGCCCUUCAAAUGCAUAGUGUGUGGGAAGACCUUCAGGUGGUCUUCCAAUUUGACUCGGCAUAUGAAAAACCAUAUUAGAGAUUAGCCUGGGGUCUUUGAUGACAGUGGGGUGGGGGAUAGUUCUUGGUUACAUUCUAGAGAACUUUAGUGGUAGGCACUGGGGAAAACCUUGUAAAGGUCCAGUCCUUUCUGGCUUGGAUGUUCUUGGUGUGGAAUCUUGAUGAUUUCAAAACUNGGGGACUUCUCAGGCUUCCUUCUGGAAAGAUGCUGAAAAAGAACAGAAUGUUCUCUGGGUUCUUUUAGGGAUCCUGGCCCCUAGGUUUAGCCCAGGACAGCCAGGUCUCCUUAGGUAAUUCUUGCUGUUUGGAAUUGGAAAGCAUGUCUGUAGCCUAGUAAGCGGUGUCUGUUGGGAAGGGGCCGUUUAGAUCCCCAGUUCUUUAGGGUCAGCUUGUGUUGGUACUGUUCUGUUGACUUUAAAACCAAGAACUUGUAUUCUACAUCAGAUGUNUCCUGGGGGGCUCUGGUUGGGGCUUCAGUUUAUAAUCGGUUUUUUGCUUAUUAGCUAUGGUCCUAAAGCCUCAGUGGCAAGUGAAAAGGACAGGGUGCUGGGCUCCGUUGNUUGAUCUAGACAGGCAGCAUUACUCCAUCAUUUCAGCUGAGAUACAAGAGCACUCCUCAUGUUCCAGUGACCAAAACAGACAAAANCCCUGCUGUUUGGGGAUCUGUAAGUCACUAAAUGAGUUAAAUCCUAUCCUGGAUGGUGAUAUGCGUUGAGGACAAAGUAAUCCAGAGAAGAAUGGNAAGGAAUCUGGUUAGGAUGUGGAUUGUAAUUUUAAACAAACUGUCCAGGAAAUAGUGUUACUGACAGUGAAACUAAGUGGGACCAAGUGUUAGGAGGCAUUGACAUCUUUAGGAGUUCCAAGACAGACAGGGCUACAUAGAGAAACCUUAUCUCAAAAAAAUAAAAAAUAAGAUAAAUAAACAAGACACCCCCCCCCANACCCAACAAACAAAAUCCCUAAUUGACUAAAAAGCUAAAGGAAGUUGGAAUUGGGGAUGGGGGGGAUUCAUGUUGCUCUAUUGAGAAAGAGUACAAGAUAGAGAAGAUAGGAUCUUANCUGGUGACUUUAGGGAUAGUAUAGAGUCCCUUGGGUGGAGUAGAUGAGCUUCUGAAGAAUGGACCAAUCUUUACAGAGGUAUUGUUUGCACAUUAGUUAUAAUGGACCAAGCUUUAUAGAGGUAUUGUUUGCACAUUAGUUAUAAUGAUGCCUCUGGGAUAGCCCUUUGUUCAGAGUCAUGCAUAUCCUGGAACUUUGUCCUUUAAUCUCCCCUGCUCCUAUCUCUUUUGGGGACUAUACCUUAACUGCUAGUGUGACCUGGGUUCCCCGUUAUGCUUGUCACUGCAGCCUGACCAAGCACUUGGGAAGCUGUGCUAAGGUGCACAUGUUGACAGAUUUUGUGAAGAACGCUGCUUCUCCAGUCUGAAAAAAAGGGGCCUGCACAGCAGUUGUGGUGCCUUUGCCUGGGUUCAGUUCCUAGCACCUGUGGCAGCUCACAGCCACUGGCAGUCCCAGAGAAUCCNAUGCCCUACCCUGAAUUAUGUGUGCUCCAGACGUGCACGUGGCUCACAGACAUGCAAACAAAACACUCAUACAAAAUACAUUUUAAAAAUAGCAUGAGUAUGAAAAAANAAUCUGUAUUUUCAAAUUGCCUCUUUGAAAGAAUCUAGUUCUGCCAAGUCAGGAGUAGAACUUUAUUUUCAGUGGGUCUUGAUCAGAUAGGUUGGGGGGGGGCUACUUUAUAAAACAGGCCUUGAGUCCAGUAUUGAAUGGAAGUCGUACUCAAAAGUACACAGCUGCUAGGUAUGAGCCCAAUUAUUGAUGGGUUUGAGUAGUAGAGUGCCAGUUGACAGUUUCUGAUUGUCUUGGCAACCAUGUCUAAUCUUGAACUUGGCCUGGAAAGCACAGGCUUCUUUGAGCAUAGCCUUUCCACUGCCUGAGGAAUUGAAGUUGAGGAUGGGAAUAGGCAGAUGGGCUGAGACCAUUAUGGAGUAAUGGAUAUCGGAUGGCCUCUUAACUCACCUGGUUAGUGUGGUCAGUUACAUCCUUACUGAAGGAUGUCAAACCAUAGUGUGCAGAGAAGAAACCAUGUGGGCUUUCUUAGUAAUCUCUUAGAGAAGUUNGUUUUUGAAAGCUAAGUAUGAAGUGGGUGGAAUAAGGGGGGGUUCAGAUCCCCUUGUAAGUGNAUUGCCAGGGAACUUGGAAAGGCUUAUAAAAAGUGUGUGUUCUCUCUGUGUGUCCCUUCCUGGGCCAAUGUGAAGAGCGAUGAACAUGAAUCAACUCACUACAACAGUGUUUAGAUAGUGGGACCAGUGGAACCCUGUUUGCUGUUAGCAGAACACACCGUGCAGGAGAUGUUUGAUGCUUCAGAAAGAGUAUAAAGCUCAGUGUUGGGGUACACACUCGAAUCCUAAUGUGGGAUGCCAAAGCAAGAGAACCAAAAGUUUAAAGCCACUUGGGGAUAAUGAAUAAUAAGAUCCUGUUCAAUGGUCUACAAAGUGCGUUCCAGGACAGCAAGGACUACACAGAGAAACCCUGUCUUGAAAAAAACAAAAACAAUAAAUAAAUAAAAUUAAAAAAAAUCCUGCUCAAGCAACUACCACUACAACAAAAAUAGACAAUUAUAGCGAAUGUGGAAGACAUAUCCUCCAGCUUAGAAAACUACAUGAAGAGUUGCAGAAGCUGUAUA